CAUUGGUGCAAGAUCGUUUAUUUUUUUUCCAAAAUUCCAUACACUUCGUCUGGAUUUCCCUAUUUACUGAGCAGAAGAUCCUUACAAUAUGAAUAGUAAACAAGCGCCUGAAGACGCUGAUCUUACAUUGGGCCAGAAAAUGAAAAAGGGAGCAGAAGACAUGGCAUACGUAAAAAGCGGUUGGCUUCUUCGCCAAAGUUCUAUUCUAAAGAGAUGGAAGAAGAAUUGGUUUGAUCUGUGGUCAGAUGGGUAUCUGAUCUAUUAUAGCGAUCAGGAACGUCAAGAUAUGGAAGAAAAGAUCCACAUGCAGUUCGAAUGUGCAGCAAUCAGAGUGGGGAACGAUUGCCGAGAGUUAAACCCACCAGAAGGGAAAUCUAAAGACUGCUGCAUACAGAUCGUUUGCCACGAAGGAAAAGUCAUUAACCUUAUUGCGGAAAGUGUUGAUGAUUGCUUGGCUUGGGAAAGUGCUCUGCAGGAAGCCCGGACUAAAACACUGAUCCUGGCUCCAGAUCAACUAUACAACGAGGCUAUCCUUGGUCCUGCUCCUCCUUAUACAGAAUAUGAUUCACCGCCGGCAUAUGGAUAUGAGCAUUAUCCUGGAGGAUAUCCAGUCCAAGGGUCUCAAGUUGUCUAUACCAGAGAUGGGCAAGUGUAUGCCUCUUAUCCAUAUCAACAAGGAGUACCUCCUGGUAAUCACAUCAUCAUCCGAGAGAGAUAUCAUGACAACGAUGGAGACCUGGCCAUGGGGAUGCUCGCUGGAGCUGCUACUGGAAUGGCCCUUGGAUCCCUCUUCUGGGGCUUUUAGAAAUAACAAUCACAUGAUAACUGAUUUAUUUCGUCUUACGGUUAUUUCUAGCAUGCAAAGCUUAGUAGAAUUGCAUAGACGUAACUACUGUUAUUAAGGGAACGCUUAUGCUAAUUUAUUGAAUAUAAAACUGUUGCCUAAUUGAUAAAGCAGUAGUCGAUAUAAUUGGAGGGAUUCCAUUGGUGUAUUC